AUGCCGUUUUUAUCCAAGAAGAAGUCCACGUCAUCGACACUGUCGAUGUCGUCUAGUUCCACUGCAGCUUCAGCGUCUAGCCUGAACAGCUGUCACAAUAAGUCAUAUGCGAAGUUUGAUGAGAAGAAGGAUUACGACCGUAGGUGCAACAAGAAGCACCCUGCGGCAAAGAAGAGCACUCCGUGCCUGGUUUCUUUUUGCGUGGGCAAGAAGUUUUAG